CCUUUAAAGUAUCACUGACGCUCUCAACUGAAAGCACUGUCAAGUAUCUGAAGAUACUGCAAUUAUUACUGAGAGCAUUGUCACUUAUCACUGAAAGCACUGUCAAUUAACAUUGAGAACAGCUGAAAACUGAAAGCGCAAUCACUGAAGACACUGUCAAGUAUCACUGAAGACACUGUCAAGUAUCACUGAAGACUGCCAAUCACUAAAGACACCCGCACACCAUGUCCAUCCACAGUUCCGAAACCGAGUCGCAAUCGGAUUUCGAGCGCUUGGAGUCUACGUUGCCUGACCCGCUCCGCAGAAGCGCCUCCGCGUUGCUCGACAAGUUGUACAGCAGCUCGGCACAGGUCCACGAGUCGCUGCUGUCGAGAGUCCGCGCCAACCAGGAGGCGCUGAACACGUUGGCCGGCGGCAUCCUGAAGGACCAGCACAACCGCUUGCUCUCGCGGCUCUCGCGCUCCGAACAUGGCCGCGAGGGCUCGCCCGUGCCCGUGCCGCGCCCGGCGUUCAACGAGGACAUCCACAAGCCCGCCAUGAACACCAAGCAGUCGUCCACGGGCGUGUUGUGGGUCACCGAGCGGGCCACCGAGUGCGGGUUCCGGGGCAACGGCGACGAGGACUGGGCCAACUUGGGCCAGGGCGCGCCCGAGCACGGCGACACCGUGCCCGGCUCGUUCAAACGGCCCACGUCCAUUCCCAUCACGGACGUCAGCAAGGAGUACGCGCCCACCGCAGGCAUCCGGGAGUUGCGCGAGGCGGUGGCCACGUACUACAACGAGACGUACCGCCAGCACUCGCCUUCCAAGUACACGUACAAGAACGUGUGCAUCGUGCCCGGCGGGCGCGCGGGCUUGAUCCGGAUCGCGUCCAUCAUCAGCGACUGCUACUUGUCGUUCUUCUUGCCCGACUACACCGCGUACGCGGAGAUGCUCUCGUUGUUCAAGAACUUCUCGCCCAUCCCCGUGCCGUUGGACGAGGCGGACAACUACGAGAUGCACUUGAACACCAUCGCGUUGGAGUUGCAGCGAGGCGUGUCGGCGUUCCUCACGUCCAACCCCAGAAACCCCACGGGCAAGUGCAUGUCGCGCGACCAGUUGCGCCGCCUCCACGACAUGUGCCGCAAGAAGUGCCUCUUGAUCAUGGACGAGUUCUACUCGCACUACUACUACGACGAGGGCUGCACCGGCGACUCCAUCUCGUCGUCGCUGUACGUGAAGGACGUCAACAAGGACCCCGUGCUCAUCUUGAACGGGCUCACCAAGGCCUUCCGGCUCCCCGGCUGGAGGAUCUGCUGGAUAGUCGGGCCCGAGGAGUACGUCAGUGCGUUGAGCUCCGCCGGCUCGUUCUUGGACGGCGGCUCCAACGCGCCCUUCCAGUACGCGGCCGUCGAUUUCUUGGAGCCGUUGAGUGUGCGCAGAGAAAUGAAGGCGCUCCAGAUGCACUUCAAAAUGAAGCGCGACUAUGUGAUUGGCCGCUUGGGCAAGAUGGGCUUCUCGUUCACCGACAAGAACACGCCCAACUCCACGUUCUACCUCUGGCUCAAUCUCUCGCACCUCCCCGGCAAGCUCAGCAACUGCCUCGGGUUCUUCCACGAGUGCCUUCACGAGAAGGUCAUUGUCGUGCCCGGGUUCUUCUUCUUGAUCAACCCGCAAAACUUGUCGCGCCUCGAAGACGUCAUCUGGUACAACUUCGUGAGAAUCAGCUACGGGCCGGAGAUGUCCCAUUUGGAGAAGGGCAUGGACGGGAUCGAGAGAAUCUUGAGGCGCUUUGACUGCUUGCCAUACUAGCGCCUUUCUUAGCGACAACGGCCCGUGCGCCUCCGUCACCUACAAAAAUGUAAACAUUUCCCGAUUGACAAGCACACUCAUUAGUCGUAGAUUCCACAUCCACGCUAUCGGUUCCGUGCAUACACUCCUGUCUACGCGGCGUGCACCCAGCCGUAUACUGCCCCACUACCUAAAGGGCCUGGCCUAAUAAACUUCGGCAAACAUGGCCUUCUAGGGUCCUGUGCAGCUGGACUCGCGUCCUUCCUCCCAUGUGCCUUAAUU